AUGAGUUUCGACGAUGAGUUCCAACAAUUGGUGGAUAGGGAGUUCGAUGAACUCGCUCAAGAGGUGCAACGGGAAGCAGAAGAGGAGGACGUGGCGGCGUUCGUUCGCCCGUUCUAUCAUCGGCGGACCAUCCGCCGUGACCAUGUCGGGGCCGACCAGCGGUUGAUAGAAGACUACUUUGACGGUAACCCCCGUUACCCAGCAGAGAUUUUCCAUCGCCGAUUCAGAAUGUCGCAACAAUUAUUCAUCUGUAUAGCGACUACAUUGGCGCAGCGGUACAAGUGCUUCGCACUGCGCAGUGAUGCUAGCGGCCGACCCGGGUUGUCGACAUAUCAGAAGUAUACAACUACAAUUAGGCAGCUUGCCUAUGCCGGUCCCGCUGAUAUGUUCGACGAAUACCCACAGUUGGGGUCGAACAAUGACAUCAACGUACUGCAUUCGUCUCAUCUCUUCAAUGAUGAGUGUCGGGGUGAGGGUCCGACGGUCAGAUUCAUGGCCAACGGGACGCAGUACAACAGGGCAUACUAUUCAGCCGAUGGGAUAUAUCCUCGUUGGCCCGUGUUUGUUAAGACGAUCCGACAGCCGGUUGGGCCGAAACAAUCCUAUUUCGUGGCCAAACAAGAGGGUGCUAGGAAGGAUGUUGAACGUGCUUUUGGUGUCCUCCAAGCGCGAUGGGCCAUUCUAAGGUGCCCGGUUCGACAAUGGCACGAAAAUGAUGUCGCCUCUAUCAUGUAUGCAUGUAUCAUAUUGCACAAUAUGAUAAUAGAUGACGAAGGAUAUUCUGCAGAGAACUGGGCAUCGGAAGAUGGUGCUAGUACGAGUCACGGUAUUGCAAUCGCCCCACUGCAGAUGGGUGUACCGCGUAGUAAUGCAUACUUGAUCCAACGGUUCGCCGAUAUGCGGAGGGAAACAUCACAUACGACACUGCAGGCUGAUUUGGUCGAAGAGGUUUGGAAUCGUAGAGGAGGAGGGGGUAGAGCGUGA